GCCUGCCGCUCACCUGCCCUCACCCGUGUGAGCCUCGGUUUCCCCCAAGUGUAAAACCCAGCAGGAUUGCAACAAUUAGUGGCAGAGGAGCGAGCGGCAAGUAUUCUUGCGAACUCUACUCGGCCGGUUUUGCUGUUCAGCAACGCUGUUUUACAGUUAGCGCUCGUUCUAACCCUACCGCUUAAAAAGUAUUGGGAAUUGGGGUGGAGUCCCCGUUUGGGCUGGAGUCAGUCUUGCGGGUGGAGACAGGGUUUGGGGGCUCUGUUCUGUCCCCCAUGUCGGCCUGGCCAGCGGCCCUGCCCCUCAUCUGCACAGUGGGUGACGUUCUGCGGAAGGAAAGGCUGGAAGCAGGGGCGCCAAAACAGCUGCCGAAACCCGGGAUCGAACCAGGGACCUUUAGAUCUUCAGUCUAACGCUCUCCCAACUGAGCUAUUUCGGCGGGGCGGGAAGAACCGCUGUCGCCUGGAGUCCGGCUCGCGCCGCGCCGCCCGCGCGCCGUCGCCGCCCGCACCCGGCUGCCCUGCUGCGCGUGCCUCAUAGAAGCACAGGGGGCGGCGGGCGGCAGCGCCGUCUCUGUGGCGCAAUCGGUUAGCGCGUUCGGCUGUUAACCGAAAGGUUGGUGGUUCGAGCCCACCCAGGGACGCUGUUUUGAGCUUUUGUUGCUGAGGUAAGGAGAGGACAAGCGAUCCCCUGCUUUUGCCAGGACGCUCCCCGCGCACCCGCGGGCCGGCCUGUCUCGGGUGGGGUGUCCGGGGGCGCGCGGCAGGAGGAAGUCCACGGAGGGGGAACGUCCCGGGGCCGGGUUCCGGUUUCCGCGCAGCAGCCGAGCCGCUUUGGGAGCCGGCCCUGGAGACCCGGAGCGCUGAAGCGGACGGACCGCAGAGGUUGUUUGAAGGCCGAGGCGGACAUGGCGGCGCUGGCGGCUCCGGGCCUGCUCCGCCCGAUCCUUGCUCUGCGCUCUGGCGUGGGCGUGGCUACGCAGGUGCGUGGUGUCCACUCAAGCGUGGCUGCUGACAGCCCCAGCAGCACCCAGCCCGCUGCAUCCACUGCUGGAGCCGUGGUCCCCAAAUCAACCGCACUUCCCAGCAGCCGGGGCGAGUAUGUGGUGGCCAAGCUGGACGACCUCAUUAACUGGGCCCGCCGGAGCUCCCUGUGGCCCAUGACCUUUGGCCUUGCGUGCUGCGCUGUGGAGAUGAUGCACAUGGCCGCACCCCGCUAUGACAUGGACCGCUUUGGCGUGGUCUUCCGUGCCAGCCCGCGCCAGUCCGAUGUGAUGAUUGUGGCCGGCACGCUCACCAACAAGAUGGCCCCGGCGCUCCGCAAGGUGUACGACCAGAUGCCAGAGCCACGCUACGUCGUGUCCAUGGGGAGGCGGUGCGCAUGGGGGGCGGGGCAGGGGGUGCCAGCGUGGCCCUCACUGUGCCCCCCCGCCCAGCUGUGCCAACGGAGGAGGUUACUACCACUACUCGUACUCCGUCGUGAGGGGUUGUGACCGCAUCGUGCCCGUGGACAUCUACGUCCCAGGCUGCCCCCCCACAGCCGAGGCCCUGCUGUACGGCAUCCUGCAGCUGCAGAGAAAGAUCAAGAGGGAGAGGAAACUGAGGAUCUGGUACCGCAGGUAGCGCCGGCCGUCUGGGCCCUGCCGCGGCCCUGCAGCGGGGAGAGGAAACAGGAUCUGGUACCGCAGGUGGCGCCGGCCGUCUGGUUCCUGCCACGUCCCUGCAGCGCCCCUCAGGACGGCCAAUAAACCCAUACCCCAGCUUGCCUCCA